UAUGAAUGAACAAAGGACGUCCGCUAAUUACAUGAAAAUAAUUUUACCAAAAAUGUAGUGAAGGAUGUGAGUUUGGAACAAGAGAAAACAAAAAAUCUUCUGUCUAUGAAUAGUUUGUUCAUUGUUAUACCCUUUCAGUCAACUCAGUAAAUUCAAUCAAUUUCAAAUAAUGACUUCUCGGUGGAUAAUUGAAAAAGAUGUUUCCAGUGAUUGGUUUCUUUGUAAAGGUAAUGAAAUUAGUGCGGUUGAUUCAAAAAAGUGCCAAUUUCCAGCUGGACGCAGGAUAAAUGUAAUGUUGAAUGAUCCACCUCAACCUGAUCAACAGGCUGAUCAAGAUUCAGACAGUUACACUCAAUGGAAAUUUAGUGUUCGCUCAGUUGCAGCCAUUGGUUUAACCACUGAUCAGUCUUAUGGUCCUGGGUAUAGUAUAAAGGGUUUCAUUUAUGAUUCUCGGGGUAACUUGCGGACUUCUGGGACAGAUUUAGUGACACAGUUUGGUGAUAAAUGGCCAGAAGCAAGUGAAAUAGUAUUGAUUACAAACGAAUCUGUUGACAACCAUUUGAAGAUAUGGAUCAUUCAAGAUCAUCGACCACUUGGAUUAGCUUUGAGCCUAAAUUAUCCACUAAAAGGCCAAUUGAAACCAUUCUUGACAUUCAAUAAACCCGGAAAAUGUUUAAUACACAGAUCAACAUGGAAAGGAAAUCUUGAAACGAUUGAAAGGCCCCAUAAUCAACAGCUAAAUGGAUCAAUCAUUGGAUACUGGCAGCUUAUUCAAUUCAACAGCCAGAUACCGUUACGUCCUCAUGAGGCUACCAUAAUUAGAAGAAGUGAUUAUAUCUAUGAGUUAAUCAUGUCAGGUUGGAAUAAGAUUGAUGUUGAACUAAUGUUUAGUAAAGGGUCAGUUUAUAGAGUGAAAAAUAAACAAAAAACAACGCUUGGUGGACCAGACGAGUGGAUGGUUGAGGAGAGGAAAAUUUUUGGAGCCUUUGUUGGUACAAUUAACAUAAAUUUGACUGAAAACGGAAUGAAAAUGAUAAUUAAAACUGAUCAAGUUAGCUUGAAAUUUAAUCGAUGUGACAAGGAUAAGCCAAAUCCUAUUGAAUAUAAUCCAUUUGUAAAAAGUACCGAUCCUUUUUUAGAAACAGAAAUAUUUUGAAAAUUGAAAUGCCUGCCAUGUUAAUGUCUCUUCAUUAGUCUCUACUGUUAGAGACUAAUGCAGUUAAUGUAAUCAAUAUUUUCUCACAAUUAAAUUCAUAAUUAUUAUAUUA